AGAUUAGCUCAAACAACAGCUAAUUUAGUAGCCAGACAAUUAUCAGUCGACAGAGCACGUCAAACAACAACUGCAGGAAAUGUAGGUACGAAUACAGAUGAUGAAUUAGAUACUGGAACUACAGGAACUGCAGGAGCUGCUCCAACGACUACAGCAACUACUAAAAAUCAUGUACGUGAAUCAGUUGAACGUAUUGAAAACUAUAUAUUAGAAUAUAUUCAUUUUUGUACUCAACACGUUAAAAAGAUGGCUCAAACUCGAAUUCAAUUAGCUAAAGCUCAAAUGACGGAAUUUAAAGCUUUAGAAGAUUUUGAACAAAUAGCCACCCCAACCCAAUGGAAUACUCAUUUUUUGCUAAAACCUAAGAUGAAGCUAUGGUCAACUAAAAAUAAAAAUUAUCAAAUACUAUCAAAACGUGUUGAAUUAGAUAUGCCUCCAAAAAUUAUCGAUAAAGUGGAUUUUUCAUUUAAAAUUGAUGAAUCUAUUAUAAGUCAAGAUGAAGCACAAGCCAUGUAUAAUCAAAUGCGUCAAAUUACCAAAGAUUUUCGUACUCAAGCAAUGACAUUAUAUGUUCAAUCAGCUGCUCGAGAAAAUGAAAUCUUAUCGAAUGAAAUUAAAGGUAUUAUCGAAAGAUUUCCUCAAGAAAACGAUGAUGGAUUUGAUGCUGAACUUGCGAGUCGAGAGCGAAACCAACAAUCCAGAAGAGGAAAUAAUCGCUCCGACUCUCAUACGUUCGCUGGGCGAGGAUUUCUUGCUCCAGCAAUAAUUAAUGAAGCUAAUAUACAAUUAACUGAAGAAGAACAUCAAUUAUUAAAAUUGGGACCAAAAUUCAUAUUUAAUGACCCAAAAACAGCUGCACGACGGCGUACAAUUGAAUUGGCUGCUUUAAAACGUAAAAUAGAAAAAUGUUUUCUUCGUAAGAAAGUUAGCCCCGGUCGUCCGCUCCAAUUAUUUAUUGAUGAAUUAGAUGUUCUUCUUCAAACGUUACAUAAUGUGCCAACAAUAGACAAAAUUAUAAAUAAAGAUAAACUAAUUGGUACUAAUACUAUUGAAUUAAUAAAUAGUCAAGCAAGUCAAUCUCAAAUUAUGAAUACAGUAAAAAUGAAGAAAAAGAAAAAUUAUGGAAGAAUAGUUAAGAGAUUGAAACAUAAAUUUAAAUUGGCUAAUGUUAUAUUACAAAAAUCAGAUAAAUCAAAAGUAUUCCAUUUAGGUAAAGUUGAAGAUUAUCGUAAGAAAUCAAAAGAAUAUAUGGAGAAAACUCAAGCAUAUCAAUGUCUUGGUAUAAAUGAUCCAUUAUUUGAAUUAAUUCAACGGACAAAUAAAUAUUUGUUAGACUUACGAUUAGCUAAAUGGAUUACUCAAAAGCAAUAUGAAUUAUUAAGUAUUAAACUUAAUGAAGUUGAAUUGGCUCAUUUAUAUUAUUUACCAAAAGCCCACAAACCUGGUACUCCUCUACGUCCAAUUAUAAGUGGUCUAAAACAUCCUACAAUUAAAAUCUCAAAAUUUCUGGAUGAUUUAUUAAGACCACUAUUUGAUAAAAUGCCUCAAGAUACAACCAUUAUAUCUGGCUUUGAAUUAAUCAAGAAAUUAAAUGAAUGGUCAAGAUUGAAUAUGAAUGAAAAUACUAUAUUUUGUACCAUUGAUGUUAUUGAUUUAUAUACAAUGAUUCCACAAGUAGAAGGAGUACUAUCGCUGAAGAAUAUGUUGGAUUAUUUAAAAUUGAAAAAAGUUAGCGGUUUAAAAAUAGAAACUAUUAUUAGAUUAAGUAGAUUUGUAAUGCAAAAUAAUUACUUUUUAUAUGAUGGGCAAUUUUAUCAUCAAAUUAGAGGUGGAGCUAUGGGAUCCCCGUUAACUUUAACUAUGGCAAAUUGUUAUAUGUUUUUCUUCGAACGAAGAAUAGCCAAGCAAAUUAAGAAUAGCGGUGGACUCUACUUUCGGUAUAUUGAUGAUUUAUUUAUUAUGGUUAAUUGGCCCGUCAGACAUUUGUUAAAACAAAUUGACAAAUGGAAGAAUUUUGAUGAAAAUAUUAAGUUAAAUCCAAAUAUUGGCUCAUUUGCGACUUUUCUCGAUUUAUAUAUGGAAAAUCGUGAUGGUGUAUUAUUUACUACUGUUUAUCAAAAGCCUUCUUAUGAACCGUAUUACUUGCCAUUCAAUAGUAUUCAUCCAUUACAUAUGAAAAAGAAUAUACCUUUUACGAUGUUAUUUCGAGUGAUUAGGUAUUGUUCAACAUUUCAAACAUAUUUGGAUGAACGUGAAAAAUUACGUAUGGCUUUAUUAUUUAAUAAAUAUCCGAAUAAAUUAAUUGAAGAACAGUUUAAUAAUGUUCUUUUAAAAUGUAAUAUUGAUCAACCAUUGACAAAUUUUAAUUAUGACAAAUAUCGUCAAGAAGUUAUGAAUUCACCCAUAAAAGAAAAAGCUACGAUUGAUUAUGAAGCAGUUAUGUUUAUACAUUUUACAUACUGUUCUACCAUGAAAACGUUUCCUGCUAAAUUCCAUCUACUUUGGAAUAAAUACUUUGAGGAAUCUCCAAUUAAGGAAGUUAGACCUAUCCUCGGUACUCGAAAUGUUAAAAACAUACAAAGACGUCUAGCUUCCAAUAUGGUAUGA